AUGGCUCCUCAGCCCCUCAGCGCCUCGGCCGGCGCGAGCACGGACUCGGUCGGGAGGAUCCGAGGACGGGGGAGGAUCGGGGAGGAUCGGGGAGGAUCGGGGAGGAUCCGGAGGAUCGGGGAGGAUCGGGGAGGAUCCGGAGGAUCGGGGAGGAUCGGGGAGGAUCGGGGAGGAUCCGGAGGACCGGGGAGGAUCACAGGGACCGGGGAGGAUCACAGGGACCGGGAAGGAUCACAGGGACCGGGGAGGAUCACAGGGACCGGGGAGGACCAGAAGGACCGGGAGGAUCCGGGAGGAUCCGGGAGCACCGGCAGGGACCGGUCGGCACCCGACGGGCCGCAGGGCGCUCAGCGCAUUCCGGGGGGGCCGCUCGGUGCCGCCGCCUCGGAGCUCGGAGCGCGCAGCGCGGGGGGCGGGGCCGCGGGGGCGGGGCGGGCGCGCGCACGCAGUCGGGCACGUACACCGCGCACGCGCACGCACAACGCGCGCCGACUCUGCGGAGCGGGAUCCCCGCCCCCGCGCGCCCCGCCCCCGCGCGCCCCGCCCCCGCGCGCCCCGCCCCCGCGGGGUCCCCGGCACUGCGGCCUGGGGCGCCGCCCGACGCCCACCCGGACUCCGGGGACCCCGACCACCCCACCCGGGACUCCGGGGACCCCCGACCACCCCACCCGGGACUCACGGGGACCCCCGACCACCCCACCCGGGACUCCGGGGACCCCGACCACCCCCACCCGGGACUCCGGGGACCCCGACCACCCCCACCCGGGACUCCGGGGACCCCCGACCACCCCACCCGGGAUUCACGGGGACCCCCGACCACCCCACCCGGGACUCACGGGGACCCCCGACCACCCCACCCGGGACUCCGGGGACCCCCGACCACCCCACCCGGGAUUCACGGGGACCCCCGACCACCCCCACCCGGGACUCACGGGGACCCCGACCACCCCACCCGGGACUCCGGGGACCCCGACCACCCCCACCCGGGACUCCGGGGACCCCCGACCACCCCACCCGGGAUUCACGGGGACCCCCGACCACCCCACCCGGGACUCACGGGGACCCCCGACCACCCCACCCGGGACUCCGGGGACCCCCGACCACCCCACCCGGGAUUCACGGGGACCCCCGACCACCCCCACCCGGGACUCACGGGGACCCCCGACCACCCCCACCCGGGACUCCGGGGACCCCGACCACCCCCACCCGGGACUCCGGGGACCCCGACCACCCCCACCCGGGACUCACGGGGACCCCCGACCACCCCACCCGGGACUCACGGGGACCCCCGACCACCCCACCCGGGACUCACGGGGACCCCCGACCACCCCACCCGGGACUCCGGGGACCCCGACCACCCCCACCCGGGACUCCGGGGACCCCCGACCACCCCACCCGGGAUUCACGGGGACCCCCGACCACCCCACCCGGGACUCACGGGGACCCCCGACCACCCCACCCGGGACUCCGGGGACCCCCGACCACCCCACCCGGGAUUCACGGGGACCCCCGACCACCCCCACCCGGGACUCACGGGGACCCCGACCACCCCACCCGGGACUCCGGGGACCCCGACCACCCCCACCCGGGACUCCGGGGACCCCCGACCACCCCACCCGGGAUUCACGGGGACCCCCGACCACCCCACCCGGGACUCACGGGGACCCCCGACCACCCCACCCGGGACUCCGGGGACCCCCGACCACCCCACCCGGGAUUCACGGGGACCCCCGACCACCCCACCCGGGACUCACGGGGACCCCCGACCACCCCACCCGGGACUCCGGGGACCCCCGACCACCCCACCCGGGAUUCACGGGGACCCCCGACCACCCCCACCCGGGACUCACGGGGACCCCCGACCACCCCACCCGGGACUCACGGGGACCCCCGACCACCCCCACCCGGGACUCCGGGGACCCCGACCACCCCCACCCGGGACUCCGGGGACCCCGACCACCCCCACCCGGGAUUCACGGGGACCCCCGACCACCCCCACCCGGGACUCCGGGGACCCCCGACCACCCCACCCGGGACUCACGGGGACCCCCGACCACCCCCACCCGGGACUCCGGGGACCCCCGACCCCCACCCGGGACUCAGGGGACCCCCGACCCCCAUCCGGACUCCGGGGACCCGUUCCGCCCCCUCCCCCUCUGA